AUGGCACUUCCCAUAGCUGUUAUUAAUGUUCUUGUCUCUUGUAUUGGUUUAAUAGCAGGUAUGUGAGAAAAUAUUUCACUUAGUGUAGUCAAGUAACUAAGUUAGAAUCGGUAAAAUACAGGAGCCCCGUAUAUCGCCGUUCUCCUGGUGUGGUAGUCGCCCAGCCUGUACGUAUAUUUAUCCUUUACAGGCGGAGGCAUUUUUUUCUGUCGAUCAGUUUAAAAUGGCCAGACUACCCAGACUGGCCUGGGUCGCUACUGUCGCUACUAAACAACACAAUCCAAGAACCCCUGGUAAAUCUAUAAGGAAUCUUGAAAAAUUAAUUCAGACUCUGUUUUUGUUCUUUAUUCUCUCCAGGACAAUCUACUUUACUUAGCCCUUCGCAAAGUACUGUUGCUCUAAACCAAACAGCAAGUCUUAACGCUUCUACUGCGUCCACGUAUUCCCCUAAUUCAACAAUCAUUCAUUAUCAGACGUCUUAUUUAAAACCUUCAUCACCAAUCACAGCUCUUGCUCAUAGUAGCGUACCGACCGCUCCUCCAAUCACCACUUCAGCAAGUGAGUAAAGUAGUAUUUACAAUUUUCUCCCUCCCUUACUUACGUCUCACUGAACGGUAUAUGAAUCCACAUUUUCCGGUUUAGUGUUUCAGUCCAUACCACCAGGGGCCUCGGCUCGAGCAAACGCACACUUGGGUACAAAGACAGUUUUAAAAGGUACCAAACCUAAAUGUGACAAAGAGGACACAGUCCUAAAGUCAAAACCAAGUCAGGAAUAAAGUCCAGUUUGUAACUUAAGGUGGCCCGAAGCUAUUUAUAUGCGAGUGCGCGUUGGUUAUGUUUUUGAAUCGCGUUUGUCGGCAGGAAUGAUUUCACCGAUUUCCAUGAUUUUUGGCAUCCUUAAUAAAGAAUACAAAGUAAGUUUGAUAAAUAGAAAUUCUCUUAUCUUGCCCCGCAUUUUCUGAUUACUCAGUUUCUUGCAACUGAAGCUUUGGGCAAGAAUACCCUAGCAGAUAGGAGAUAGUCUGUCGGCAGUUCUCCUCUAUUUGUGUGUCAACUUGUGUUAGCGUUGCAUUUUAAGGCUAAAUUUGACCAGCUAUUUGUGCAGCGAGUUCUACGGUCACGAUUGACUUAAAACUUGCGGAUAUAAAACUAGAGAGCUCUGAGGCUUAUUUGCCGAAGUGAGGGGAAAAUCUGUCCUCGGGUUUUGAAAUUAUUGACAAUUUUCGUAAAAAUGCGGUUUUAAACGUAUGCCGAUAUCUCAAACGUUUUUAUACCUAUAAGAAAAUAUAUAGCAUUUAUAAAGUUCGACCACUCUUUAUUAAGGACGCCAAAAAUUAUAGAAAUCGGUUAAAUCACUCCUGCCGAAAAACCCGAUUCAAAAACAUAACCAACGCGCAUUUAAAUGGUUCGGGGCCGUUCGGGCCACAUUACAUUUCUUUUAGGCAGUGGGACCCAGUGGCCAGCAGUUAUCGAAAGAACGCACAAAAUAAAAUAGCGAUACAAGGCACCGAAAUCAUAAGCUAAAUCAUUCUCUUGGCUAAGUCAAUUCAAUAAAAUACGACUAUGAGAAAAAAACUGACUAAAUUUGUUCCGGUUCAGUCAAGUUAUCAAAUGCUUUUACGUAACAUCGUGUUACGGUUCGUAGCAUUGUUCUCACGACGGUGAGAGUCUUUCCUUUUGUAGUUUUCUACAAUAAGAUUACGUAAUUAUGUUUGUUGACAUGUUAUGAAUAUUUGUAUAAAUAUCGAUGUAUUAGCGUUUUUGGGGGGUUUACCUCGGUGUAAAAACCUGUGAAGUCUUUCAUUCUUUUCUAGCUAAUAUUUUCCUUGGCUCUAUUGUGUUGACUUCUCAGUGGCUUCUUUGUAUUCAUUGUUUUACGUCACUCGUGAGUUUCACAGAUUUUUACCCAGAGGAUGAGCCAUCUCGUCUUUUGGACGGCCGCUAGUUUGUUACCGAACUUAAUAUCACUAAAUUUAGUUUAGCUCUAAUCCUCGGAGCUCGAUACACUGCUUUCGAUCGAGGAGUACGUUCCCGGUUUAUUUUUUGUCUCACUGGGUUUUUUAUUCCAGGUUUUCGUACCGGUCAGUGCAUCACUGCUAUGCAGUUUUUUCCUAGGUUUUUUCUCUUAGCCUUAAAUCUUUGUUUUGUCUAGAUCUUUUCAUUGUUGUUUUUCAUUUCCACUAUUUCAUAUUUCAUUUUUCACGUUUUGCUUCACGUCCGCGUGUCCUGGUAGAUCUUAUUAUAGAUUUAUUAAUAAUUUUGACACUAAGUCUUAGAUUAUUUGUUAGUUAUUGUUGAAUAUUAUUGAAUUGUAAUUGUUAUGUAUUUUUUCUGCGUUGUUAUCCCGACUAUGUUGCCACUACGUAUUCGCUAAAAUUUGUAUGUUUUGUUAAUAAAGCGCUGGUCCUUACUGUCCAUUAAGCACCCAGCACCAGUCACACUCCAUUCUGUUGUCGCGUACUUUAUUCGGCGUUUAGCGCGCUGUGCGGAGGGUAGUAAUGAAAUAAACAGUCGCACAGAUCAAGUGCAGGUGGAUCACUCCACUCUCAGUGACUCGUUAUCUAAUAAACUGAAUCCUUCGGCUUUGCAAUCACUUACUAAUGGAAACUGAUGAAAAAUAAAACAGACAUAGCUGGUCAGUAGUUGAAGAGUAAAGCAGCCUUCUUUGAUUGUUUUUCUCUCUCAACAGAUAACGAGGACGAUGAGAACGAAGAAGAGGAAGACAAGAAAGAGAAGACAGCGAUAAUCGCGGCCAGUUGUUCGGGUGGGGCUAUACUGAUCAUAGGGGUAGCUCUUGUCAUAUGGAGUCACAGAAAAAAACACGAUACAUGAACAAGUUAAAGAAAUGUUAACGCGUAAUUAUAUUAUGGGAAAACAAAGUUCACUUGUUGUCUCCCAACUACGAUGUUUCCGUCUCGCCCCAUUCCACCAUCAGUUUUACAUACCUUUGCCGGGGAGUAUGUGAGUCAAAAAUAGCUCUUUAGAAAAAAGCGAAGAUUAAAACGAAAACGAUAAGGUUCACUAUGUCAAUAUGCUUCAAUAUAAUUAACAUGAAAAUUUCAGAAGACAAGAUGAAUUUGUUGGAAGAGACUUGGGCAAUUGCAUAAUAUUCUAAAUUAAGAAUACCUUUUCAAAAUAAAUGUUAAUUUUCAGUUGUUGUUUCGUUGUAAGAGCUCCUCCACCACAGCUCCGCCAUUUCAUAAGAGGAACGGCAGGUGAGAGGUAAUGACAACACAAGCACUUGGAUAAUGAUGGGAACCGUGAAUAAACAAAGCAGAU